UUCCCCUCAUCAAAAAGAAAAAGAAAAAAAGUACCAUGGCCUCUCUGAAUUCAUCCUUCCUUCUCUUUUUAGUAGCGUACGUUAUGUUCGAUUCUUGUAGCAGAGCAGCAGCAGAGUCCCAAGAAGCAGAGGCGCUCCUCAAAUGGAAAGACAGUCUCCUCCAAACACAAGCUCUCCAUUCCUGGUCUUUACUCCCCAAAGCCAACGCUUCCACCCCCAUAGCAAGCUCACCCUGUAAUUGGACCGGAAUCAAAUGCAAUGACGCCGGAAGUAUAAUAGAAAUAAACAUACCAAACGCCAUCUUAACAGGUAAACUCGAUAAUUUCAGCUUCUCAGCUUUUCCAAACCUCAUCCAUCUCAAUCUGAGUGGCAACAGACUCAGUGGAAACAUCCCAGCCCAUAUCGAUACUCUCUUCAAACUCUCAUUCCUCGAUCUAGCGUCUAACCAACUUUCUGGUUCAAUUCCAAGUAAGAUAGGAAAACUCAAGAAUCUCAUUUUGCUUGACCUGUCCAAUAACUCUCUAACAGGUACUAUCCCUUCGAAUUUAGGAAACCUAACCAAACUCACCAAUCUCUUACUCCACCGGAAUCUGAUUUCCGGCUCCAUUCCUCCAGAAUUAGGAAAUCUCAAGAACCUAAUCAGACUAAGCUUAUUCUCUAACAGUCUCACCAGUUCAGUCCCACUGUCAUUAGGAAAUUUAAGAAACCUAACUGAAAUAUCCAUAUCCAAAAAUCAACUGUCCGGCUCGAUACCUCAAGAAAUGACAAACCUAAGGCAUUUGGUUAUACUCGGCUUAAGCGACAACAACUUCUCUGGCCAUUUACCACAACAGAUAUGUCGGAGUGGGUUGAUUCAACGCUUUACGGUAGGUAACAAUCAUUUCACCGGCCCUGUCCCAGAGAGCCUAAGAAACUGCACGACCUUGAAAAGAGUUCGACUCGAAGGAAACCAGCUCAUAGGCAAUAUUUCUGAAGUCUUUGGAGUAUAUCCUGAUUUAGAUUUCAUUGAUAUGAGUAACAGUGGAUUGUAUGGUGAGCUCUCUCCAAACUGGGGAGACUGUCGAAACCUGAUGACUUUAAAGAUGUCUGGAAACAAUAUAAGCGGUAGAAUUCCAUCACAGAUUGCAAAAUUACAUAAGCUUGGGGUGCUAGACCUGUCUUCGAACUUCCUAACAGGAGAAAUUCCAAAUGACUUGGGGAGGUUAUCUUCACUAAUAAAUAUGAAUUUAAGGAAUAACCAACUUUCUGGUUUGGUGCCCCAAGAGCUUGGAGAACUCUCCAAUCUGGAGAUUCUCGACCUUUCAAUGAACAAAUUGAGGGGAACAAUACCACAACAACUAGGAGACUGCUCCAAAAUGCGGUUUCUGAAAUUGAGUGGAAAUGAAUUGAAUGGAAGCAUUCCUUUUCAGAUUGUUUCUCUAGUAAAUUUGCAAGUUAUGCUAGAUCUCAGUCAUAACUUGCUUACUGGAGAGAUACCAUCGCAGCUUGGAAAAUUGCAGAGGUUGGAGAACCUAAAUCUCUCCCACAAUAUGCUCUCAGGUUCCAUUCCAUCUUCUUUCGAAGACAUGUUAAGCUUGUCAUCCAUCGAUUUAUCACACAAUGACUUGGAGGGUCCUCUUCCUGAUGGCAAAGCAUUUCAACAGGCUCCAGCAGAGGCAUUCACUGGAAACAAAGGUUUAUGUGGUAAAGCACAAGGUUUGCAACUGUGCAACAAUUCCUCUUCAAUGAAUUCGGGUGAUGGAAAGAAAGACCACAAAAUUUUCAUUGCCAUUUUUAUUCCUCUCUUGGUAGUGAUAAUUCUUCUAUCUGUGUUCGUCUUCCUUUAUUACAAUUUUCGUCAAAGAAAAAGAAAGGUAGAGAAUGAUGUUAAAAAGAAGAACCAUGGAAAUCUAUUUUCUAUAUGGAAUUAUGACGGGAAGGUCGUGUUUGAAGACCUCAUCGAAGCAACAGAGAAUUUCGACAGUAGGUACUGCAUUGGGGCGGGAGGGUAUGGGCGAGUUUACAGAGCAGAUCUACCAACAGGUCAUGUGGUAGCUGUGAAGAAACUUCACCCCGUGGAAGGCAAUGAGGUAGCUGAUGAAAGAAGUUUUAGAAAUGAGAUACAAACACUAACAGAAAUUCGCCACCGCAACAUCGUGAAGCUCUAUGGUUUUUGUUUCCAUUCUCAAUGCUCGUUACUAAACUAUGAGUACAUGGAAAGAGGAAGCUUAGGUAGUAUUCUAAAAGAUGCGGAAAAAGCUAUGGCGAUGAAUUGGGUCAAGAGGGUGAAUGUUAUUAAAGGAAUGGCCAAUGCUUUAUCAUACAUGCACCAUGAUCUCACUCCUCCUAUGAUUCAUAGAGACUUAUCGAGCAACAACAUUUUGCUGGAUUCAGAAUUCGAAGCUCGUGUCUCUGAUUUCGGAACUGCUAGACUUCUAAAGCCUGAUUCAUCCAAUUGGUCCACACUCGCAGGCACUUAUGGAUAUGUAGCUCCAGAGCUUGCAUAUACAAUGAAGGUGACGGAAAAAUGCGAUGUAUAUAGCUUCGGAGUUGUAUCACUUGAAAUCAUAAUGGGAAGGCAUCCCGGGGAUCUCUUCUCAUCCUUGACAUCCUUAGAAGGCCAAGAUACAUUGGUGAUUGAUUUAUUAGAUGAACGCCUGCCUCUUCCCACAGCCCAAUGCAUGAAGGAUGUGGUCUGUGCAACAAUGUUGGCACUUGGAUGCUCGUGUGCCAAUCCACACUCUCGGCCCACCAUGCAGCAUGUGUCGCAGGAGCUAUCUGGAGGCAGGGCUCCUCUUCCUCAGGAUUUACAUACCAUUACAUUAUCUCAACUGUCAGAUCAUAUAUAUCCAGAACAUACGGGCCAGGACUCACGGUCACCAAGAAAGUUCUAAAAGCACAUUCUGAUCACUCCGGCAAUUCUAUAGUAGAGCUGGUAGAAUAGAAAUUUAGAAGACAGCUCUCUGGUGGGCUACAGCAUCGCGCAGCGCUUGGGGUGAGGAAUCUCGGUCUAUGUGGGGAAGUGCGAGUUCUGCUGGUAGGGGAGUUUGGUUUUUGGAGUACUGCUUUUUUCAAGGAAGUUUGGGCCUCUGUCUUUUUUUCUUUUUUUUUUUGGUUCUGCUUUCUGCUCCGUCUUUUCUUCUUUCUAAUAAGCUGUGAUCCAAUUUUUGUACGGGGCCCACCCGAAAUUCUAGCUCGUACAACAGAAUCUUCUGUUUUUUCUGAUCAAUGAAAUAGGGGCAUGGCCCUUCUUUUGGAAAAAAGAAAAAGAAAAAGUGCAGCCUAUCAUGGACAAGUCAUCGUUAGAAGAUUACCCUUGUUUGUUGAUGUUGAAGUGUGUGUAUAUUUGUAUCCCUAUGUCUUCAUCUUGUAAUUGUACGUUGAUAUUGAAGCAUGUGGCUGUUUACCGAUA